GAGGGAGGCUUGGCAGCUCUUCCUCCUCUGCCAGCAUCUUCCCCACUCUCCUGCGUGUGCUUACUCCGCGCGUGGGAUGGCCGGGCCCUGAGGGAUGCCGGUGUUUGAGGGUCCUCCUGGGUGGCACAUAGUUGGUGCUGUAUCAGCACAGAGAGCAGCAAUGGGAGAGUGCAGUUUUCUGUUGAAAAGGUCUCUCAAGAGCUCAUGAUUCUUCUUCCGUUUCUCCCCUUAACAUUCCUACUGCUCCCCAGACAUGGCUCACCACGCGAGGCCUUCCAGAUCAGUCAAAAAAGAAGAGCUGGGCAAAAGGAAAACUAAUCAGGGCAAAAAGAAAUCUAGCCAAGUGAGAAAGAAAACCUCAAAGACUUCCACGAAAGCUGUCAGUUCUGGAAAAGGCAAAAAGCCGGCGCAAGAAAAAGAUGUUAAGAAAAAACAGCAAGAAAAUAAACCAAUCAUGAGCUCUUCAGGUAGACUUCUCAGGAGCAGUGUAACCAGAACCUUGUCUGGAGCGUCUUGGGUGAGUUUGGAGAAAGCUGACAAUAUCCUCUUUGACAGCCAGGAUUCUUUCGACAUCAAUGGCUUUACAAUGUCCCUCCGUAACCGACCCUUCUCCCAUAGAUUGUCCCAAACUCCAGUGAUCGCAAAACCCAAGAAAUCUGCAGUCCAGAAAGGGCUGGAAACAAAGGAAAACCAUGAGCAAGGAGACCUGGCAGGAGUAGAAGAGAAAAACAAUGAAACAUGCGAAGUGGUUUUGAAAGAAGAUUUAGCACAAGAUGAGUUGGCUGCUCUGCCAGUAGAAGGUUCUCCCUGGAGUGCAGGUGACGGGCCUGCUGUCCCGUGUGCCAGUCAGGACAAGGAGGUAGAAAUACCCGAAACAAAUGACUCUGCUCCAGACGGUUGGGUAACUGAUGGUACGGAAGCAUCAGGGGUGAUACCUAGGCUUGAAGGCCUGCCCUGUGAGCAGAUACCCAGUGCUCUUGACAUGGGUAGUUUGGCUGAAGCAUUUGUUGAUGGUACUGUGUUUGUGCUUCCAACUUUUCCUUCCGACUCCAUAAUCACCUCUGAACCUGAGGUGUGUGGGUUGACUCCCUUCGAUGUGGUGCCCAGCAGUGAAGAGCCUGACCCCAGCUCUGCUGAUACCUCAGACCUCAGCUCAGCAGUACUGGCACAAGAGUCAGUCACUCUUGCCACAUGCCACAUUGAAGCACAGUUGAACCUGGUGCUACCUAGUGAAGAACAAGGCUCCAAUUCUGCAGCUAUAGUUACCUCGGAGUUUAACUCACAAGAUUUACUAGAAGAUGCAAGGUCGCUUGCAGAGUCCUGCUUGAAGGCAGGCUGGGGUUUAGAAUCUGAGAAUAAAGACAUUGGUUCAAAUUCCAGCUCUGUAGCUGCCACUGAAUCAAAUUUGCUUUUACAUUUUGGAGGUGGAAGCUCACUUGCGGAAUCCCCCAUGAGACUGGUUGUGGAUUUUGUACCUAUUCCCAAAGAAUUUGACCCAAAUUCACAUUUGAGCUGUACAAGAGAAAAGUCAGAGUUUGACACAAAAAACGUAUUUACAAUAUGUGAAUCAGUCUCCAACACCUCUUUAAACAAUAUUGAAGUGGAGGACAUAGAACAGCUUGUUAAAUGUAUUGAUGCAGAGACAUUAAUUUUGAAUUCAUGUUAUGUCCCCACUUUAUCUUCAGAUUUAGAAAAAAGCACGGUCAAUAAAAUACCUGGUGAAAGCUCCGGACAGUUCUGUGAAGGUUUUGUUUCGGAGUUGCCUUCAAGGCUGGAAAUCUCUGCUCUUGCCUCAGAAAAAGCCAUAAAUGCAGAUUUGCCAGCUGACUCAAGACUGCAGCAUAAUGAUUAUUCAUCACAGCUGGGAAGUGUUGGAGUAAGCCUGAAUCUGGUUCAGGACAACGUGAGCAACAGCACUGAAGCAGUUGAGGCCUCGGGGCCAUCCUCUCUUAAAAAUCCAGCUGGUGGUUGCCCUGUUCCAUAUUCAUCUCUGCUGCCUAUGCUGGAGAAGAAGAAGCGAAGGCGCUGUGGAGUGUGCGAGCCGUGCCUGCGCAAGACCAACUGUGAGGAGUGCAGCUGCUGCAGGAAGCGCAAAACCAGCCACCGGAUAUGUAAGAAGAGAAAAUGUGAAGAACUGAAAAAGCCGCCGCCGCCGCCGGUCGCGCUGCCUUUCGAGGUUCUAACAGAAAACAAAAGGCCUCAGAGGAGGAAGCAAAGAGUUUUAAAGGCAAAUUUAGAAAACAAACCAGUAAAUGGCCGCAGACCAGAACUCAUGGAAUGCAGUAUAUGUGGUCAUGGUGAAAAAUACAGGGUGAAAAGCAACCAAGCAGUGCCCAUUGAAAAUGUGCAGUGCAAGGAGAAGGAAAGAAUGACUGGCCUGGAAGCUGAGAAGUGGGCACAUCAUGAGAAGCCAUCCUUUGGUGUCCACGUCAACGGCGACGUCCACGGAGCUGUGCCGGGCACCGAGCACUUGAAACAUGCUGGAGACAGUGACAGAGCAGUCUCUCCCAGUCAGUUAGCUGAGCCAAAAAAAUCCUUUGCACAGACCAUCAGAAAUGGCAUCAAACCCCUGCAUUAUUCACCACCAGAAGCCGUUGCUUCACUGAAAAAAGUGUCUGUAGAGGAAAGGACAGACUUGACGAGCAACUCCCACCUGCAAUGGAUGAAAGGUACCAAUGUGAAUAACACAGUAAACGCUCUGGCGACUGGCGUUGGCUGUGCUCACCCACCAACCCAAGGAAAUGUUUUAAUGAAGGAGGAAAACUGCAUGUGCAGCAUCUCUGAGGAUUUUGAUAAGUCUGUUUUGCAGGCAGGUUCCAUCUCGGGUCUGCAGGAAAGCUUGUGUUGUCCUCCCCUUCCUGAAGGGGAACUGCAGGCAGGGAAGGAUGGCUUUGAAGUACCUAAGGUGGAGAUACAGCCUGAGAAUCCUACACUCCAGCCAACUUUCCUGUCCCUGAUUAAAACCAGAAAUUUAACUGUGGAGCAGGUUGUAGCUAUUGAAGCUUUAACACAGUUAUCUGAAGUCCCUUUAGAAACAAUUUCGCCAGCGAAAACUGAAAGAACUGAAUGUACGGAAGAAACAACUUACAACUUGCUCCAUGGUUUUCAGAGGGACAUCUCGUCCUCCUUCACAUCCUCUGCACUAAAAGAGAUCGAAGACACUCACUUACAGAAUGAGCAGCAGCUCCUGGCUCACUGCGCUCACCCGCAGAAGCAGCUCCCGAAUAAGGCAGUGUUAUACAAUGGCCAAAGCUCAGUCCCGGAACUGCAGGAUAAACCUGCCCAUCUGGCUGGGGAGAUGUGUAAGUUACAGUUGUCUUCAAGAGAUACCAAACCUUUAUCUGACUUAACAUCUAAUGCCACAUCACUUGCAGGCUAUACCACCGAGAAAAAUUAUUCUCAUGAUGCAGUUGCCCUUGGACAGUGCUGCAACGCUUCAUGUAAUGUCCAGCAAACAGGGAACAACUUGGAAACUCUGGGCCAGUUAGAGCAAAAGCCACCCUCUAACGAUUUGAACUUGGAAACUGGCACUUUGAUUAAGGAAGGAGGGAUUCACAGCCAGGAUGAAGAAGAUGUGGCUGCACAACUAACUCAGCUUGCAGCAUUGAUUGAAUCAAACCAGGCCAAUCCAGAGCAGAAGAAUGACAUAAAGGCAUCACUAAUUAAUCUAAUAUCACAUGAGAGGCAGCCAAAACAUAAUCAAGAUGUGUUGCAGAAAAAAGAACCCGUAUUUUUUAGGCAUAAUUAUAGUUCCUUGCUGAUAAAACAAAAACAAGCAACAAAUAAGAAAGGCGGUGCCGUGCCAUGGAAACCAAGACACAAAAAGAAGCCUCCAGAAGUACGCUAUCAACAGGCUAAUCAGAACCAGCUAGAGCUGUUGUCAUGCCAGCACAGCGAGUUGCAGGACAUUUGGAUAUCAUCAAAACUGCACAAGCUUGGUCAAACCGUGCCCCAGGACUCCAGAAUAGCUCUGCCUGAAAAAAAAUCUCCACGAACCAAAGUACAGAGAGCACAGAGUCAAAAUACUUCAUCAUCACAAGAAAAAACUAGAUUAUUUCUCCCCCAAACGCAGAUAAAAUUCCACAGAUGUUUACCUGAGGCAGCACAAGAGAAAAAAAAAGACAGGUUGUUUGGCUGUGAAGUGGUGAAUGAGCAAAUGAAAACUGCAGGCUCCCGGGACCCACUGGGCACUGACACACUGAAAAAUGAAAUAUUUGCACGUGGCCAGCACAGUGACCUGUCCUCCCGAAAUCCUCUGGCUGUUUCACAGCUGAAAACAGCAUCCUUGUUGAACAGACCAACUGAAAACCUACAGAUGUUUACAGAACAAUGCAAUUCUCAGGUACAGCAAACAGCAGCUGGCAGUCAGGCACACCCUUUGCCUCCAGCCCUUACCCAGCCGGACCUGAGAGCCAACGACAAGAGCGGUGAGAGCGCAGCCUGUGUCCAGCAGGGCACACAGGCAGAGCCCAGGGUGCAGGCGCUGCCUGUUCCCUGUGGAGGGGCCCAGGUCCCAGCCUGUGCCGAGGCUCUCAGGAACGUGGAGUGUGUGGGCGAGGUGACCGUCCUGACGUCAUCCAGUUUGGGUGCUGACCACGCACAGAGCACGGGCGACUCAGGGUGUUCCCCAGCAAAAAACACGCUCAGCAGUUUCCUUGAAUCACCUAUGAAGUUCCUUGAUACCCCCACAAAAAAUUUAAUAGAUACACCUACAAAAAAAGGACAGUCUGAGUUGCCAACUUGUGACUGUGUUGAACAAAUUAUAGAGAAGGAUGAAGGCCCCUAUUACACACACCUCGGGACAGGACCCAGCGUUGCUGCUGUGAGAGAAAUCAUGGAGAACAGGUAUGGAGCAAAAGGAAGCGCUGUAAGAAUAGAGGUGGUGGUUUAUACGGGAAAGGAAGGAAAAAGCUCUCAGGGGUGUCCGAUUGCCAAGUGGGUGAUCCGCAGGAGCAGCGACGAGGAGAAGCUGCUGUGCCUGGUGCGGCAGCGGGCGGGACACCACUGCCAGACAGCUGUGAUCGUGAUCCUGAUCCUGGCCUGGGAGGGCAUCCCCCACCUGCUGGCGGACACGCUGUACAAGGAGCUGACGCAGAGCCUGCGCAAGUACGGCUGCCCCACCAGCCGCCGGUGCGCGCUCAACGAGGAUCGUACUUGUGCAUGUCAAGGACUUGACCCAGAAACUUGUGGAGCAUCAUUCUCAUUUGGCUGUUCAUGGAGUAUGUAUUUCAAUGGCUGUAAGUUUGCCAGGAGCAAAAAUCCCAGGAAGUUUAGGCUUCUCACUGAUGACCCUAAGCAAGAGGAACUUCUGGAAAAUAAUCUGCAAACGUUGGCUACUGAUGUGGCUCCGGUGUAUAAGAAGCUCGCUCCGGAAGCCUUCCAGAACCAGGUGGAGAACGAGCACAUGGGCCCCGACUGCCGGCUGGGCUGCCAGGCGGGCCGGCCCUUCUCCGGGGUCACGGCCUGCAUCGACUUCUGCGCCCACGCGCACAAGGACACCCACAACAUGCACAACGGCAGCACCGUGGUCUGUACCCUGACGAAGGAAGACAACCGGAGCGUGGGGGUGAUCCCGAGUGACGAACAGCUCCACGUGCUGCCUCUGUACAAAAUCUCACAGACAGAUGAAUUCGGCACUGAAGAGGGCCUGGAAGCCAAGAUCAAAGCCGGGGCCAUCCAGGUGCUCACAGCAUUCCCCAGGGAGGUGCGGAUGUUGGCUGAGCCUCUCAGAGCCACCAAGAAAAAGAAACCAGACACAAGGAGGACCCCGAGUGAAAAGCAGCCAUUGAUAGAUAAAAAAUAUUCAACACCGGUAAAGCUGAAAACCGAAGCCCCAGAAAAUCUGGGCAACACUUUGCAUUGUUUAGGGAACAAAACAGAUGCUUUAAAACCUGGAAUAAAAAUGGAGACUUCCAAUCACCUGUAUGCCAUGAAACAUACUCCAAACACUACUAAAAAUUGCUCCUUGCUAAAGCAGUGCCCAGCUUCCUCCCCCUUCAAGGUGGAUAGUUUACAUCCUUGUCCAUCUCUAGCACAUAAGCCUGGCCUGACAGCAGUGACUAACAUUCAGCAAGAUUUUUCAGUUCCCUACGGGUAUUUUGAAUGCAGUACCAAGCAACCUCACGUCACCCCUUACGUCAAUUGCAAGAGCUUCGAUGUGUCUGUCAAGGAUUAUACUGGAAUUCUGCUGGACGAGAAGGUGAAUGGGGUGCCACCGGUGCUUCCCGAGGUCACUGCUCCAGGCCCUCCAGCUCACACGGACCCCCUGCUCACUAUACUUGAACAUCAGCCCGACAAACAGAACUGUCAGCUCCAGCUGGACAGCUCUUCCUCACAGAUGGUCAGCUCCUGUGACCCGUCAGUACCGCUAAGCUCUCUGGCCACGGAUGCCGUCAGAAACGGAGCCGACUGUUCCCACGGAUGCCCGGUGGAAAAGGGCAGCUCCCAUCGAGGACAGAUGUGUGACUUGGACUGUGCUGAUGAAAAGCAAAGCAGUGCACUGGGACACCCGGCUGAUUCUGAAGAAAAGGCUGAGGAGUUGUGGUCAGACAGCGAGCACAAUUUCUUGGACGAUGACAUUGGUGGGGUUGCUGUGGCACCUUCUCACGGUUCUAUCCUAAUUGAAUGUGCCAGACGGGAACUCCACGCCACCACACCGAUCAAAAAACCCAACCGGAAUCACCCCACGAGAAUUUCUUUAGUUUUCUACCAACACAAAAAUUUAAACGAGCCAAAACACGGUUUAGCCAUGUGGGAAGCAAAGAUGGCUGAGAGGGCGAAAGAGAAAGAAAAAGAAGCGGAACGACUGGGAACGGAGAACUCGGAACUGAGCUCCGGCAACAGAAAAGCAAAGCAACCAAGUGAAAACAGAGACCUUUUUUACGAAGACAAUGAGUUCAACCAAAUUCCCUCCCGCCGAGCGCUGACAGUGACCAAGGACAACGUGAUCACGGUGUCCUCGUACGCCCUGACGCGCGUGGCAGGGCCCUACAACCACUGGGCGUAGGUGGCGGGGCCCCUCCUGCGCAGGGUCACACGGGGCUUCUCCAAGGUGCUGUUCAAGAACAAGUCUCCUGUCGUUUACUAUUUGCUCAUCUCAACCAUUUUAAGGCUGAGGUAGAAAAAAAAAAGGGGGGGAUUUCUUCUUAAACUGUGACUUUAAGAUUUGGUGGUGCUCAAGCACAUUUUAAGCAAAAAAAAAAAAAAAAAGAAAAGCUGUAUAGUUUUAAUACAUUCUAAAAAAGAUUUUGUUUAGGUUAUUAACCUUGAUUGAAUCAUUCAGUUUAUUACCUUUAGGAAUUUAUAUUUUGGUGCUUUAAAUAAAGUCUGUUUACUACAAAAAUCAUUUAUAGGGAUUUUAACAGGUUCACAUUUUAUGGUGUUAAAUCAAGUUAUACAGUUAUAGCUCUACACAGCUCUUGGUGCUUAACCACAUCAAACAGUUAAAAAUAAAUAAGCUGAAUUAUUACUUCAUGGUGCCAUUGCUUUAACAACUUCCAACCAUUGCUAUAUAGUCCAAAUUACAGAUAAAUCUUUUAGAAAACCAAUGAAUUUUGUUCUUUAGAUUUGUCAUUAUGUAUAAAAUGAAGCUAUUGGUAAGGAUGGCUGGAAGUUGUUUUUAAGCUGUAAAUAUAUAUUUUAAAAGCACUUUCUAUUUUUAAAAUUAACUUGAAAUAGUAUAGUCUAAGGAUCAUAUUGUCUAAGGUUUGUGCAUACUCUACAGAAGUGAUUUUAUUCUUGCUGUGUAGAGUUCCGUGUUGUUACAGCUGCAGGAUGUGUGCUCACAGCAAAUGUGGUUGGUUUGAACUUGCCCUUUUUCAUUGAAGAUUUUGUGUUGCAUUUAAACAACAGUUAUCAAUUACAGAACCUUUUUAUUCCUUUCGAGAGAGUGUACAAAGGUGAACCCAGGAGAUGUCUGGUCAGUACAUGUGUUGCUAUUGGGAGAAAUGAACAUGGUUUGCUUUUUUUAAAGGCAGCAUUUUAUUAUGGUUUCUUUGAGCAAUAACUGUGUAAGUCUCAUUCCUUUGGAGCAUUCUAAGUUAACAUGACAACCAAAUGUUCUUAAUGCCUCAGGGGUAGGAUUGUUUUGGGAUAAA